CUUCGUUUUAACGGUCGCGCAUAAUGACCACUAGCUCCCAGUGGACCUAAUGGGCCGCACGCGGGAGCAAAUCGCUCAUUUGCGUGCCAGCUGCAAGCUGAUUGCACCUCCUGACUUUCAACUUCUCAAAGCUUGCUGUCACUCCGGUCCAAUAUGCCCUCUACUGAGGCUGACGCAAAUAAACAAGCGCUGCUUGACACUCUCCGCGCGAAAAAACCGCUCGGCACAGCUGCCUCCACUAACGCGAAACAGGAAGCACACACAAAUCCCCCUUCUCGAGCGAGAGAUGCCACCGGACUGCUGAUAUCGAGGCACUUUGCCGGGCCAAGCAGCGCUUUUCACACAAACAGGCCCUCAGGGAAAGUGUUGGUGCCGAAUUCAAGUCCUAUUGCACCAAGCACUCGACCUUCGAGUGAAUAUGUUCCUAAGAUGGGCCACCAUGGUGGUUCUCCUGGGCCAUCCGCGUCGACUACGUCGCUUGUCUUUCGGGGGAAGCUGAUGCAGCAAGAGAUUCGGUCACUUGGACGAAAACCGGCGCUUGUACCUCCCUCCGCCACCGCGUCUUCAUCGCGUUCCAGCUCAGUGAGGCGAAGAGAUGAUGAAGAUACCAGUGAUUCGGAAGCUCGUCCACGUAAAAGGGCAAAUAACACGAGUUCUUCGUCGCCAGUUGAUUUCGAUCCCCUUUCAUCACCGAUCCAUGGCCCAGGUGUAGGCGCCGUUAAGUUUGGCGUCAAGGAAAUGCAAAUCGACAGUUCUCCUCUGCAGCCCAACGGCCGAUCUAGCCCUGGUAAGCCGCGCAGAAGGCUUGUAAGAGGCAGGCGUAUUUCGUCAGACGAUGAAGAAUCCACGCCGUCGCCUCUCAUUUCACCUAAAGUCGAGAACCAGGAAAUCAAGAGGACUGAAGCAAAACCCCCAAUCCCCCCGCGCACUGGCCCAAUUACCGUCGUCCGCGUAACUGAAGUUCCCGUUCGCAUCGAUAAAGUGAAGGAACAGACUGUUCCAUUCACUCGUCCCACAAGUCUGCCCACAACCACAAUUAAAUCCCACACAAAACCAACAUCACCCACCAAACCCCAACUUAAACCUAAACCUAAACUAGUAGACAUAGAUAGUGGCAGCGACCUUUCCUCGUUCGACGACGACGACGAGUCGCUGGAUGAAGCUGAUCUUCAAAGGAUCGAGCUUGCUCUAGUUUACUUCAACGAAGCCAGCGCCGAGAAAUUGAUUGAAAUAAACGGUGAAUACUUUUACUUCUCUUCAUGCUUGCUACUGACUCCGCGAACACUCCAGCGUGCACACAAGCGCAGGCGCAGGCUAUAAUAUCUGCUCGGCCAUUCGAAGAUGAAGACCAACUUCGCAGUAAGUUGAAUAGAAAGAAGGGCGUCAGUCCUCGUUUCUUUGAUGAUUACGUGGCAAUGCUUCGCGGGUAUGACAGCGUCGACGUGAUCGUGGAGAGAUGCGAGUUGGUAGCCAAGCAAAUUUCUGACAUCCUCGCCGUCUGGGCGUCCGCUUCAUCGGAUAGCCCCGCCGAAGCGCCUUCCACGUCUACGGCGAUGAACUCGG